AUGGCGGAUACAAUGUGGAUAUGCUUGCAAAUUACGUUGCGGGAAGGCCGCGCUCUCGCAAACUCGCCAGAAUUUGCUAAGUUGAGAAAGGUAUGGUUUUCGCUUGUCGCCAACCUGAAACCGAGAAACGUGAAUUUUCUCGAAAUCUUCCGGAAAUGCACCAAUGAGCGUCCGCCUUUGACGAGGUUUUCUUAUGAGAAGCUCCAUCGCGAUGCGACCUUCACACCAGCCCUAGGUACCCUUCCAUACUACAUAACAGCGGCGCCCGCCAUCCCAGCUCCCGUCCUGGCACGUGUCUCGACGUUGAGGGCGUUUGGAUGGAAUCCUUUGCACGGCUGGAUGAUCAACGUCCGCAGAUUUCCUCUACGGAGUACAAGCUGA